CGGGCCAGCCGCCAGCAAUGGGAAGAGACGACAUGCUUUCUCUGGUGCUGCCUCUGCUGCUCGCCGCGGUCGCCCUGGCCGUGUGGCUCUGGGGGCAGCUGAGGCGCCCUCCGGGAUACCCGCCAGGUCCGACUUGGCUUCCCUUGGUGGGCAACUACCAGGACAUCUGCCGGCUGAGCAAGAAGCUGGGAUCGCAGCACGAGGCGUUCACGUACUUAGCCCAGAAAUACGGAUCACCCGUGAUUGGUUUACAUCUGGGCGGCGAGCUGACCGUCAUCGUCUCCACCAGGAGCCUCAUACGCGAGGUGCUCACGCGACCCGAAUUUGAAGGACGGCCUCGGAACUUCUUCGCGUACCUCCGCAGCCUGGGGCUGCGGAAAGGAGUAACGUUGGUGGACGGCAAACUGUGGCAGGAGCAGCGUGCCUUCGUGAUACGACACCUGCGCUCUCUGGGCUUCAGCGGGGCUGCUAUGCAGGCUCAGGUGGAAGAGGAGGUGCGUGCUCUGCUGGAAGAACUGAGCAACAGCCGCGGGAGACCAACACAGCUCAAAAAGCUGCUGGCGCCCUCCGUGCUCAACGUCAUCCUCCAGUUCUGCGCUGGGUACCGCUUCCCGCGCAACGACCGGCGCCUACAGACGCUGCUAGACCUGAUAAACACGCGGUCACGUUUCUUCGACAUGGCUGGAGGCAAACUCAGCGCCAUGCCGUGGUUGCGCUUCAUCCAGCCCGAGGCAACUGGCUACAACGCGAUCAUCAGGUUCAACGAGAUGGCGCGCGCCUAUUUUUUAAAAACUAUCGAAGAACAUAAGGCAUCAUACACGCCAGGAAAGAAGAGAGAUCUCAUAGAUGCAUUUCUGUAUGAAAUGGCAAAAGCAAAACAGGAGCAAGAUGAGAACACAACAUUUACGGAUAACCAGCUUCUUAUGCUGUGCUACGACAUGUUUGUUGCUGGCUCGGAAACGACAGGCAACUCUCUCCGAUUUGCUUUCCUUAUGAUGUUACGACAUCCUGACGUCCAGGAACGAGUGCACAAAGAGAUAAAAGAAGCAAUUGGCACCCACAGGCUCCCAACACUAGAGGACAAAGACAGAUUGGUUUAUACCAGAGCUGCUCUGACGGAGUCACAGAGAAUGUGUCAUGUCAUACCAAUACGGGGAACUCGGCGAGUGCUCGAAGACACCACACUACACGGCUAUCGACUUCCAGAGAAUACAGUUGUCCUACUAAAUAUCUGGUCAUUGCACAUGGAUAAAGACCAUUGGGGUGAUCCUGAAGUAUAUCGACCAGAGCGUUUCAUUACUGAAACUGGGCAGUUUAGAGAGGAUGAUGCAUUCUUACCAUUUGGUCUUGGUCGACGUCGGUGCUUGGGAGAGCAUUUGGCAAAAUGUUGUUUAUUCCAAAUGUUUGCUGGAAUCUUACAAAAAUUUCAACUUGUUCCUGCAGAUGGUUAAACUGGAAUUUGUGUCAGGAAGUUUAUCUGGCUCUAGAAACAAUUACCAAAAGCAUUAUGCUUAAAUUCAUCAGACAACAUGAAACAGCAGCAUAAAAUAGGAAGUAGCAGAUACUUUGAUACAGACUUCAGUUUACAUUAUAGUAUUAGAUAUCAAGAGAAUGAACUGAGUUUUAUGUGUCACACAUUUUUGAAGUAAUAUUGAUCAUAAUUCUAAUUCUUGCUAUGAUCUAAAGAACGGAGGUUGUGACUCACAAAUAUUGUGUCUUGUAAAUUAUCAAUGUUACUAGUUACAAAUUACAUUUUUUAUAAAAUUAUUAAUUGUGGAAACUGCUUUUCUCCAUGUUUAAUAUUUAUUUUCAUAAGUAUGGAGAAUGUAAUCUGAGUAUGCAACAACCCUUCACUAAAUCAUUUUCGUCUGUCAAAAUCUAA